AUGCCAUCACUGCGCGCGAUCACUGCUUCUCUUCUCGGUCUGUUCUUGCUGACUAUAUCGAGCGCUACCGACGCAGCUCAACGCCAGUCGGAUGGAACCCCACAGCAUGUGCGCGAUGACGAAGUAACGGCAGCUACGCCCGCCCAAACCGCGCAGCUCCUUUCGGCCUUGCAAGUGUACGGUACCAAGAACAAAUGGUCGGUAUGCGUCUUCACGUCCAAUGCUCCUGUGAAGAAGGGCAACGCUUACGCCUACUUCAUGGUCGGGUGCCAGGUCGACGAGGCCUUUGCGGGUGCUUGUCCCGACCUGUAUACCUUUCCCAAAUGUGGCAACUACACGGUCGUUGUCUCGAGUCCGGAGUCGAAGAAACCCAAGGUGAAAUCGGUCACGGUGGUAAAUCUGAUGUAA